UUAUUCUUCCUGAGCCUUUUUGUUUUCUCGGGUUCACCCCUGCACGUGCAUUGGGAAGUGCAGUGGCAGCCUUUGUUACCCCCAUGACGUCCGCCGCGGCCCCUGCUGCGGCCCUGAGCGCCGAGCAGGCCAAGGUGGUCCUGGCCGAGGUGAUCCAGGCCUUCUCGGCCCCGGAGAACGCCGUGCGCAUGGACGAGGCCCGGGACAACGCGUGCAACGACAUGGGCAAGAUGCUACAGUUCGUGCUGCCCGUGGCCACGCAGAUCCAACAGGAGGUUAUCAAGGCCUAUGGCUUCAGCUGCGACGGGGAAGGUGUCCUUAAGUUUGCCCGCUUGGUGAAGUCCUACGAAGCACAGGACCCCGAGAUUGCCAGCCUGGCGGGCAAGCUGAAGGCCCUGUUCCUGCCCCCCAUGACACUGCCACCCCACGGGCCUGCUUCAGGGGGCAGCAGCGUAGCUGCCUCCUAAGGCUGGGGGCAUCCCCCCACAACUGGGAGAGGAGCCCGGGCUGUGCUCAAGGAUAAUAAACGUGCCUGCCUGUGA